AGUCGUCGUAAUUACCUCAGGAUAAAAUCGCGUUUAAUUAUUAUUAUAAAUUAUAAAUAUAAAACUACAAGUGUUUAUUAUAAGUGAUGUUUGUGUCCAUAAAAAUAAUAAUAAAAAAUUAAUUAACUAUUAAUUAAAAGUUUUGGAAAUUAAUAUAAUAGUAUAAUAAAAUUGUGUUGUAAAAUAAUUAUUUUUCAAGUGUUAAAUCAAGUGCGACAUCUCGAUGGUCCGGUAGGCUAUACCAGGAUGGGGUCCUACGAUGGGGGACUGCCACUGCUCUAACAUCGCCAUCAUGCAGCUGUUCCAUGAGUUGAAGCAGCAGUUUCCUGGCCUACCGGAUCACGUUGUUUCCCAGUGCAUUGCCCAGCAGCUGCUGACUUUUAACUUGAUGUUGCAGAACAGCCACGACAGGGAGACAUGCACGGAGAGUUUGCGCUUGACUCAAGAACUGAGACCCUCUCCUGGAGCGUUUCCCCCUCCAGCUCCGGAUUUGAACCUCCAGCGAGGUAUGAGUCUGCCCGAAGACCCCCAAAAGACUCUCCAAAGUCUCCACCAGAAGCCGAAGCAGAAGGCACACCGACCAGUUUCUCUGGACAUCGGACCCGCGAGGUCGCCCUUGCACGCGGCUCGGCGAGUACUUCCGCCAUUACCGCCGAUUUCUUCCAGCCAGACUCCUGGAAGACCAGCGCCAUCUUCUGCUCCCGCAGCUUAUUCCACCCGCGGCUUCUUCGAUGAUUCCUCAGCCAGUCCAGAUAAUUUUCGGAAUGUGAGGAAUUUAAACUCGGGGUUCGAACUUAAUGUCAAUGUUGCCUGCAGUCCCGCAAGUAAUCGGGAUUUUCGGACAGUCCAGAGUCCUAAAAAGCGAAACGAACCUGACCCAAACGAAGUCCUGAGUGACCAUACAAGGAGCUACACCUCAGUCAGCCUAACCCUGAGACCUCCUUCCUCGGAGCCUCAAGCGCCGAUCGACAUCAGGUCCCAAGGAUCCAGUCUCACCUACUCAACGUCCUCCCUAGAUCCUAGAGGGUUCCAAAGCCGCUUGCAGAUCAGUAUUGGUCCUGGGAAUGUAGGCAGCGUCGCCGCUGCGAGGAUAAGGCCACCUAUGGGUACCAGGCCCAAUAACCUCAUUCCUGUGGCUUCUGGCUCUCAUAAACCUCCAGGUAACGUAAAAUUUUUAUCGGCUGAGCUUAUAAAUCUACCACGUCCCACGACGACAAUGAGCGCACCUACGACACCUUCAGCUCCAGCUGUUGGGAUUGUUAGCAAUCCCAGUAGUUUACCUGCGACUCCAAGCGGUCCUGUUUCUUCAUUCCCUUCUAGUCCUUAUAAAGAUGCUAUUAGUGUUGAUCUCAGUCGUCUUUCUUUACAUCAAGCUAAUUUUAAUCUUAAUUCUAAUCAUAGUUUUAGUUUUAUGUACCUAUUUAGUAAAUAUAAUAAUUUAUUGAUUGUAUAUUUUUUUUCAGUGUCAGAAAAUCAGAAGCAGCUAAUUACUGAGCAGCUGGUAAGGAAGGAGAGACUUUCCAGAGAGCUUAAAAUAGAAAAAGGACGACUUGAGGCACUCAAGAGAGAAAUCCAUGCUAUUCAAGGACCUGUUUAUCCUAUUGUUUCUUUGGAGCAACGCGCUUCAGAUUUAAGAAGCGAAAUUUAUCAACUGGAGCUUGAGUGUGGACUUUUGACAAAUGAAGUCGACAAAAGUAUAAAUCCAAGUGUACCUCUGGGAGAGACCAACGAAGAAUUCUAUAACGGAAUUUACCGCGGCCAGUCAAUAAACCUCCCCGCCUUCACAUCAUCACCUCCACCUCUGCCGAGCGUCCCGCUGACUUGGGACCCGAGCCAAAAUAUUCACGAGGACGAGGACAAAGACGGGCCCUCGUGGAUCUGCGAGAAAUGUACCUUCAACAACCACCCGCUGAUUGACAUCUGCGAGGUUUGUCUGAUGCCUCGCUUCAAAGAACUUGAAGACACAGGUACGAAAAACCAAACUCAAGAUAUUCACAUAAGAGUCACGCAUCAUCAUAAUUUUUCUCCUAGAAGAACUGUUCACAGCUGGGUCGUAUAAAAAUUUAUUUUCUAAAAAAAAAUAACUAACUGUAAAUAUUUCAUACAUAAAAUUAUAGUUUAAACCAUUGAUUUAUAAUUAAUUAUAUUUCUUUUUUUAAUUUAUUCUAAAUUUUUGUUUUAUUAUUUUACUGUAAAAAUAUAUCAAAUAAAUUAGUUUUAUUUAAAAUAAACUCAGUAUUUUAUUUCAUUCCUUUAAUUUAAUUUUAUUU